AGACAUUUCUUGACAUCAUCCCGAUACCAGUCCCCGAUCAUCUUACAUAACAAGAAACGUAAGAGGUUCGUAAACAAAAGAUGUCCUGAACGUGACUAUCGCAAAAGAAUAAUUGUUCUAGUCAACAAUAACAGCAAGACAAACCAAGGCAGGUUUCAACCAUCUGCCUUCAUUUUGCAAAUAACGUCGUUGCAAACAAAGUCUGUAUCCUCAAUCAUGGCCAUUUCGCCGUUAAAAAAAGUAGCAAUAACUGUUAACAGUGUAAUCUUUUUCGUCACGAUGUUGAUGGCAUUGGUUGGCUACGACACAGCAUUAUACCCGACUUCGGUUGCCAAAGCUACACAGAAGUAUCCGACCGACCUCGACGCACCGGACAGUGCGAUAUGGUACACAAUUUAUUUCUUCCAAUGCUGCUGGAUUCUCUACACGCUAACUCUUGUUUUCAGGCAGGAUGCUGAAGACAUUAUACCUCUACGAUGCUUCGUCUUGUAUUCCUUUGCAAGGGUGUGCAGUGUGGUUUGGCGACUUAUUUGGUCCAGAGAUUUGUCAACAGUCGCUCCAUUUGUUAUUAUCCUUGUAACAGCUUCCACGUUAAAUUUUUGCUUGCUCUUUGUUUUGAAAAGUGCAAAUGCUGAAUGUUACAACAAUUCAGAGGGAAACUACAACAAGAAAGAUGUCUGGUGUACUCGUGUGUUUGUUCCAAAUGCAAUCGUUUUCUAUUCAAUGUGGCAAGAUAUGUCGACCUGCUUCAGUCUAAACAGGAUGCUUAUCUACGACUGUGGUGUCAGCAAAAGCACGGCUGCAACAGUUUCCCUGACUGUUUUGCUCUCCUUGAUCGUUGGUUGGGUUGUUCUGGAGAAUUACUUCAUCGAACAUUUCUCAAGGUUUUUGUUCUUAGAAUACGCCCUUAUGAUUGUAGCCCUGGGACAGGUUCUAUAUGCACAGUGGAAAGACGGGAGUGGAAAUCAGGCUUACAUAUUGGCAAUGCUGGUUCUAUGCUGUAUUUUCUUAUUACUCCGUUUGGCUGUGAUUUACGUAAAGGAAAAGAAUCGCCUAACUACAGAUAGUGAUGCAAGCCGUAGUUGCUUGGUAUUCAAAAGGGAUCACUGAUGCUGAUGCUGAACCGUAAACAUUUAAUAUCCUGCAAUUUUCAAAACACAAAACUCAAUAAUUCCUUUAGUGGACCAUCUUUAGUUUCAUUCAAGUGGCCGCAAUGUUUCCUAUAUGAACAUUCUUAGGUAACAUCUGAAGUCUGAACGAAAUGUCGUGUUUAGGAUUUAUCAAAGAAAUGAGAAAAUAGUACGAAAUCAAGCAAAUUAUGGUGGGGGCGGUAAGAAAUGUUGGGUGGGGCACAAGCUUUUUUCCUCAAAUUUAAAAAACUCAUUUCAAAAGGGUAUUUGGAGUAAUAUUUUCGGCUGCCCCCCCCCUCCUCCCCCGCUGUGCAGGUACCAUUCCUUGCAGCAAGAUAAAGGGAAUCACUCUCAACUCAGCUGUAAACUAAUAUCCUGUUUCACUCAAAGCUCAAUCGAGACAAGAUACUCUGGUACAUGCAUUUGGCCAGAGUUUUUAAGACCUUGACAGGUGAAUCAAAGUUUUUACAAUAGGGGGCCUUGAGUUGACUCUUGCUUUGAUUAAAAUACGUUUCUGUGAAUCGCCAACGUAAACAUAAUAGUUUUUUAAAUAUACUACGAAUUAUCCUUUUCUGUUUUAACAAAAAUCUUCAUCUAAACCUACAUAAAGAUAAAGCUUACAGCGAAACGAUAAACAUUUUUUUAUUGAGCAUCUAUUUAAUAUUUUAAAAACUUUUAAAAAUAGAAGCUAUUGAAUACAUAUGUCUCUAUAUGGCAUUAUCGUAUGAGACACUUAAUUUCAUUUUAACAAGUAUUUGAAGUACAAAAUAUGUGAAUAUAUUGUGCAUAUUCAAAGCCAAUAAUUUCAAUGUUACAAAUUCACAAUCGUAAUAAAGAAUAUUAGCGCAGCAUUGUUUGAUUUUUCUUUAAAAGAUAUAUUUGAAACGAAAUUUUCUUUUCAAAUGUCAACCUCUGCACAAUCAAUGUUUUCCUAACAAGUUAUCAAAGUUAGAAAAUGAAUCUGUUUUGUAACAUCUAAAUAAUAUCCAUGUUUCGGUCUAUAGGAAGAAAAUGACCGAUGCUCUGGUUUUUUUAUCUGUUUCCUAAAAGUUUAGGGGCGUGCCCCUUGAGCCUGCAAUUUAUUUUCUAUAUUUCUUUUCCAGCACGGAAUAUCAUGAAGAAAUUUUUGUGGUUGAAAUUUAUGCCAUAAUUUAUAGCUUUUAUUCAUUACCAUAUGGUAUCAAGGUACCACUCGGUCUCCGCUUUGCGAGAGCUGAAAUCUACUUGUGCUUUGGAAACAUAAGGUAAUAAAAUUUUUGAAAGUCGAAUAUGAUAAAGUUUGAAUUGAAAUCUUUGUUUAUUUUGUUUAUUUUGUUUGUUUAUUUUUUAUUUUAUGACUACCAAACAGUAAGUAUUUAAAAUUUAGUAUUUAUGUAAGAAAUGUUUCAUUUAAAUAACGUUGUAUAUAUCGUUUACAAAAGCAAUCGUUAAGCCAGGGCCUCCGACGAAGGGGGGCCGGGGGGGACAUGGCCCCCUCACUUUUUUGGAAAACAAUAGAUUUUUUUCAAAAUCUUUUGUUAUGGCUGUUAAAUAUUCGCGCGCCCCCCCCCCCACUUUCCUACCUGUGUCGAAGCCCAUGUAAGCAUCAUUUUUAUCUCUAGUUAUAUUGUUAAUUUUACAAGCUGGUGUUAAUUAGCUGUUUAUUAGCCAAGCCCCCCCCCUCCACCACUUUUUUGGUAAGCAAAAAUAUUU